UUAGAAUGGUGUUUUAUCCAGUUGCAGGAACAAGCAGAAGAUGGGAAUGAUGAUGAAACCAUUGCAGAGUCUGGUAGACUGUAUGUGAGGAACCUGUCAUACCUUUGCACAGAGGAGGACCUGGAAAAACAUUUUGGAAAGUUUGGACCACUGGCAGAGGUUCAUCUUCCAAUAGAUACCUUUACCAAGAAAGUGAAGGGGUUUGCUUUCAUAACAUAUGUAAUUCCAGAACAUGGUGUGAAGGCUUACACAGAAUGUGAUGGAACAGUUUUCCAGGGGCGCAUGUUGCACAUCCUCCCUGCUAAGACCAAGAAAGACCCAAGUGAAGAUGCUUCAGAUGAGUCUUCCUUCAAGAAGAAAAGACAAGCACAGCAGAAAGCUCAUGCUGGAAGCUCACAUAACUGGAACUCUCUGUUCCUUGGUGCUAAUGCUGUGGCUGAUGUGAUAGCAGAGAAGUAUGGCACCUCAAAAAGUCAGUUGUUAGAUCCUGAGUCUAGGCAAAGUGUUGGUGUCAGGAUGGCUCUGGGAGAAACACAUGUUGUGUCAGAGACCAGAGAUUUCCUCACAGAAAAUGGAGUCUCCUUAGAAGCAUUCAGUCAAGGAAAGAUGGAAAGAAGUAAAACUGUAAUGUUGGUGAAAAAUCUCCCUUCAGGCACGCCAGCCGAGGAAAUCAGAACUAUAUUUUCCAAACAUGGCACUGUUUCCAGAGUAAUUCUCCCUCCUUCAGGAGUGACAGCCAUAGUGGAGUUCCUGGAACCUUCAGAGGCCAGAAGAGCUUUUAGGAAUCUGGCAUAUACCAAAUUUCAGCAUGUUCCACUGUAUCUGGAGUGGGCUCCAGUGGGAGUCUUCACUGCACCAGCUCAGGAACAGAACCAGGCAACAGGGGAAGGGAAGGAAAGUGUGGAAAGCAGCGAGAUGACAGGAGAAGAGAACCCAAGGUUAGCUGAUAAAGAAGAGGAAGAAGAUGAAGAGGCUGUUAAUGAACCAGGAAGCACUUUGUUUGUUAAGAACUUGAAUUUUGAUACCACUGAUGAGGGACUGAAACAGUUUUUCAGUAGUGUUGGUAAAGUUAAAGUUGCAACAGUUGCUAAAAAGAAAGACAUGAAAAAACCAGGGAAUUUUCUCUCUAUGGGCUAUGGUUUUGUUGAGUUCAGAGGUAAACCAGAUGCCAUGAAGGCUUUGAAGCAGUUGCAGCAUAACAAACUAGAUGGACAUAGUGUGGAACUAAAAAUAUCAGAAAGAACAACAUUACAAAAGCAACCAACAAGUAGCAAAAAGUCCGCGUCAAAAAAACAAACAUCAACGAAGGUGCUAAUCAGGAAUAUUCCAUUUGAAGCAUCCCUCAAGGAAAUCAGAGAACUUUUCAGUACUUUUGGCGAGAUUAAAUCAGUUCGUCUGCCUAAAAAACUCAGUGGGACCGGUAGUCAUCGUGGAUUUGGCUUUGUUGACUUCUUGUCAAAACAGGAUGCAAAGAGAGCCUUCAAUGCCCUGUGUCACAGCACUCACUUAUUUGGCAGACGUCUGGUAUUAGAAUGGGCCGAUACUGAGGAAACGGUGGAGCAGCUGAGAAAGAAAACUGCUGAACAUUUCCAUGAAGAUGUUCCCAGGAAAAAGAAGAAGAAGUCAGAUUUGAUGGAGGACCUCCAGGCAGGUGGAGGUGAUUGAAGGAAAGUAAGAAGUUUCCCAUGGUGGCAGGAAUUGAAGUGGCUUCGGAGUGUCAGAUUAGAAAUUAUUUGAGAUGUCCACCACUGUGUCAGGGAAGAAAGACGUCAGUGGAAGAUGUGAGAGAAGACAUUGAUUUGACAUAUGAAUGGGAAAUAGUACUAUUUCAUUCAUAGUACAUAUCCCUAUUUAAAUUAUGUAUAAUAAGGAUAUGAUAUUAUCAAGAUUCACUUUUUGUUAUUAUUGUAUUCUAAUGGAAAAAUGAAAUUAGAAAAAUAAGUAAUAUAUUUACUAUGUCAAUGGAAUAGUACAGUUAAAAAAAGGUUUGUCUUUUGGCACAUGGGUUCCCAUGUGUGUCUUAUAAUAACUUGAUAUCAUUCUGCAGUGAAUAGAGAAAUGGUUUUUAACCUUGACCGUUUCCUGUCAAGUUUUAUGGGGAUUAAAAGAUAUUUUUUCAAAAUGAAA